UGCGGUGGGCGGAGGCGGAAACGCUGCUGCACGUUGGCAGGAGGGUCCGAGCCAGUCAAUCAGCCACACAACGAACGACUCGCUGCUGCCGGCCGCUGCUAUGUCUCAGGCUGAGUUUGAUAAAGCUGCUGAAGAAGUUAAGCAACUGAAGUCUCAACCGACAGAUGAAGAAAUGCUGUACAUCUACAGUCACUUCAAACAAGCUACAGUUGGAGAUAUAAACACAGAGCGCCCUGGUUUUCUUGACUUCAAAGGCAAAGCGAAGUGGGAUGCCUGGGAUGCAUUAAAAGGAAUGGCCAAAGAAGAGGCAAUGAAAGCUUACAUAGCAAAAGUGGAAGAAUUAAAGGGCAAAUAUGGCAUAUGAGAAUUGCAUCCACUCCCCACUUGUGGACCUGAAAUGUGCCUUAUUUCUUAAUACACGGGAUAACUGAUUACUGGGGGUGACUAGAAUGUGUAGUGUACUGUAGUUUGAGUUCUGCAAUUCAGAUUAAACUUCUAAUUGUAAAUUACACCUAAUGAAUUGGGUAGCUUUACCCUGUGAAUCAUUAAAGUACAUUUGUUACUUA